AGAAAAAAAAGAAGAAAAAAAACAGGAAAAACAAAAACUUCUAAUCUGGCCAGGCCAUGAUGCCUCAGCAUCAACUGGGCUCCUCCUCCAUCUCCUCUCUCCUCCUUCCAACGAUAUCUUAUUGAUAGAAAAGGGCAGAAGCCCUGAGCUAUAUAACAGGCUCACGAAUUGACGACGACCUCCUGAGAACAGCCCAGAAGAGCAGAAACAAACACUUGACUUCACAGCUCAUUCAGGACAGAACUGAAGUGUCUCAACGCAGGGAUGGCUCCACGAAUGGAAGACGUCAUGUGUCUGUGCUGUGAAAUAUCAGCUCACGAUGAGAUCAAGGUGGCAGUGAAGAUGUCCACCAAAGGAGCGAUGGUGGCAGGAGGCUGUGCCUUGGUAGGCGGGCUGCUCGGCGGACCUCCAGGGAUUGCUGUUGGUGGAGCAGUAGGCGGUCUGCUGGGCGCCUGGCUGACCAGCGGUCAGUUCAGACCUGUGCCUCAGAUCCUGAAGGAGUUGCCUUCCAACCAGAAACAGAUGCUCUACAAUUCCGUCAUGAAAGUCUUGGGCGACCUGGACUGGAAGGAUGCGGCCCAGCUCAUCGCCAUCGUGAUGGGCAACACCACUCUCCAGCAGCAGGUCACCAAAGCGCUGUUUGGCUUCAUCAGAAAGGAACUCCGAGUAGAGGUGCGCUAUCAAGACUGAGUUCUGCUUAAACACAGACUUUUUCAGGAUGAUCAGGCCUGCCGAGCACAAUCAGAGUCUUUACAACUUAUUUUUGUACUUAAUUAGAAAAAAGAAAAAAAUGUGAAUCAUGGAUGUUUCACUUUCAUGACUGUGCCAAAUGGAGCUGUUGGCCUUCGCUAUCUUCAGACUGUCUAUCCUGACAGAGGUGGAAUGUAACUAAAUACAUACAAGUACUGCACUUAAGUACAAUUUUAAGGUACUUUUUACUUCUACUCCACUACAACUCAGAGGCAAAUAUUGUUCUUUUUACUCCACUAUAGGUUCAGAUUAUUAAAAAAAAAUCAACUAAUAAAUUAUGAGGUAUUAAUUCUAGAUUAAGCUACCCAGCAGUGUGUAAAGUAAUAAUUGAAAUUAGCUCCACCUUUACAUGAAAGCAUCACUAAUUAUUAUCAAGUGGUAUUAUAGAUAUUAUUCUGCAUAAUGAGUACUUUUCCUUUGGUACUUUAAGUAUAUUUUAUUCUCAAUACUUGAGUAUUUCUACUUAAGUAAAAGUCCAGAGUCCCUCAUCCACCACUGCCGAACAAGAAAGAAACCAAAGAUAUCUGUGUUACUCAAUGAUGAAUGAAUAGUGACAUCAGCACUUAUAAUGUUUUGUACAACAGACUGAUGUCAACGUUCAAUCUGCUUUUUUUUUUUUUUUACACUCUGUAAAAUAUUGUGCCUGGAGAGUCAUUUAUUCUGGAUUAGAAUGUAAUCUCUUUAUUCCCACAUGCUGUAUCAGGGUGUUUUAAUAUACCUCUGCAUAGGAAGUUAAAUAAAAUAAACUUUUGAAGCUG